AUGACUGAAUCGAAUUUUGAACUGUUCGACCCUAAAACCUUCGAUCCUAGAACGCUCAUCAUGGAUUCUCCUGAAGAUGCCUGUGACCAUGGCGACUUCGGUUUUGCCUUCAACGAUAGCAACUUCUCCGAUCGCGUUCUUCGCAUCUAUAUCUUUUCUGAGUCCCCAUCAGCAGUAAGAGUAAAAACCUUGCAUAUUAGCUCUCCAAUUUUAGCUGCAAGAAGUCCAUUUUUCUACAAGCUCUUUUCAAACGGGAUGAGAGAGUCAGAACAAUUCCAUGCAACUUUGAGAAUCAAUGCCUCAGAGGAAGCGGGUCUCAUGGAACUAUUGAAGUUUAUGUAUAGCAACAAUUUGACGGUUACAAGUGCUCCUGCGGUGCUGGAUGUACUAAUUGCUGCUAACAAAUUUGAUGUGGCUUCAUGCAUGAGACAUUGCAGUCGUUUAUUAAGAAAUCUACCAAUGACACCUGAAUCCGUACUGGUUUAUCUUGAUCUCCCUUCCACUAUUAUAAAUGCCGACGCAUUUCAGCCGUUAACGCUUGCCGCCAAGCAGUUCUAUGUUGUACAUUACAAAGACAUGACCAAGUUUGAAGAUGAGAUUCUUAGCUUGCCACUUGCUGGUGUAGAGGUGAUUAUCGCUAGUGAUGACCUCCAGGUGCAUUCAGAAGAUGUAGUUUACAACUUUGUCCUUAAAUGGGCUCGGGCACAGUACCCUAAUAUCGAGGAUCGCCGUGAAAUCAUCUGGACCCGCCUUGCAAAGUUUAUUCGUUACCCUUACAUGACGCGUAUAUUCCUUGAAAAUGUCUUGAUUUGCAACGAAUUCGACCCUCAAUUUGCCCAAAUGGUUGUAGGGGAAGCAAAUGCUUUCAAAGCGGAUGUCACACACAAAUACAUCAUUGAUGAAAACUCUAAUCUCAACCAUAGGUUUGUGGAACGGGCCUACAUACUCCGACCCGUUAAGAUGGUUAAAUUUGAAAAGCCUCGUCCACGUCUUGUAGUAUACAUGGAUUUAAAACGUGACAUGUGUGCAAGUUUGUUUCCACGGGGCGAGUUUUUUUCAGAAGGAUUUGAGUUGGGUGGUCACACAUUUUACUUCUACGCCCUAUGUGACAUUGCCAAAAAGAGCUCGUUACACUAUUUCUGGCUUUAUUUGGCUAUACGGGAAAAAGAGGCAGCUUAUGAUGUGUUUGAUUAUGAGUUUGCAGCACGGUCAAAGCCCUCUAAAGAGUUUGAGAGAAAAUCCGGUGGAAAGAAGAAGACUGGGAACCGAUAUUUGUUUGGAACCCCAUUGGCUUCGUUUAUCGGACAGUCAAAGACCGCUGACGAGUUUGGGAUAAAAUGCAACGGGAAAUAUGUAUGUACGGGUGGAAAGAAGGAGAUUGAGUACCAAUAUUUGUUUGGAAGCCUGUGGACUUCGUUUAUCGGGGAAGAUAGUGUCUAUUUCGUUGAUGGUGUCCUACGUCUUAAGGUUGAACUUACUUAUAGGCAUUGAGAAAGAAAAAUCUUUGCUAAUGCUACAAAUGGUUUGAAAAUGGGACUUUGUGGAUUUUGAUUUAUUU